UUGCAUUUGAAACCCCUUUCGAUCAGAACUCUGAUCACCACUCAGUCACUUUCCGAUGGCGAUGAGCACCCAAGUUAGAGCCUCCACCGGUUCAGCUUUGCCAUGGAAAUACGACGUGUUUUUGAGCUUCAGAGGCGCAGACACCCGCAAGGGCUUCACAGAUUACUUAUACAAAGAGUUGCAGCGGCAAGGAAUCAUGACUUUCAGGGACGAUCCACAACUUGAAAGAGGCACGGUCAUCUCUCCGGAGCUACUCAUUGCAAUCGAGCAAUCCAGGUUUGCGGUCGUUGUUCUUUCGCCAAAGUACGCAACUUCUACGUGGUGCUUGCUUGAACUGUCUAAGAUUCUUGAAUGCAUGGAAGAGAGAGGGGCAGUUCUGCCAAUAUUUUAUGAGGUGGAACCCUCUCAUGUUAGACACCAAAGGGGCAGCUUUGCGGAAGCGUUUGGACAACAUGAAGAGAAGUUUGGAGAAGGAAAUAAGGAGGUGGAAGGGUGGAGAGAUGCUUUAACCAAUGUGGCCAAUCUUUCUGGGUGGAGUUCAAAGGAUUAUAGGUAUGAAACAGAGCUUAUCAGAGACAUUGUGCAUGUACUCUGGAGCAAAGUGCAUCCUAGUCUCAUUGUAUUUGGUUCCUCAGAGAAGUUAUUUGGAAUGGAUACUAAGCUGGAGGAAAUAGAUGUUCUUUUAGAUAAAGAAGCAACUGAUGUUCGCUUUAUAGGGAUAUGGGGGAUGGGUGGUCUUGGUAAGACAACCCUUGCUAGACUAGUUUAUGAGAAAAUCUCUCAUCAAUUUGAAGUUUGCAUCUUUCUUGCUAAUGUCAGAGAGGUUUCCAAAACCCAUGGUCUAGUUUAUCUACAGAAACAGAUUCUUUCCCAAAUCGUGAAGGAAGAAAAUGUUCAAGUAUGGAACGUUUAUAGUGGAAUCACUAUGAUAAAUAGAUGUUUUUGUAAUAAAGCGGUUCUUCUAGUUCUUGAUGAUGUGGAUCAACUAGAGCAACUGGAAAAAUUGGUGGGAGAAAGAGACUGGUUUGGUUCAAGAAGUAGAAUCAUCAUUACAACUAGAGAUCGGCAUGUCCUAGUCACACAUGGUGUAGAAAAACCAUAUGAGUUGAAGACACUAAACGAAAAUGAAGCUCUUGAGCUCUUUAGUUGGAAAGCCUUUAGGAAAUAUGAGCCUGAUAUAGAUUAUGCAGAACAGUCUAAGAGUUUUGUUAGGUAUGCUGGAGGUCUUCCCUUAGCUCUUAAAAUUUUGGGGUCUUUCUUGUACCAAAGGAAUCCAGAUGCAUGGAAUUCUGCAUUGCAAAAACUACAACAAACUCCCGACCGAAGAGUUUUUGAAGUACUGAAAAUAAGUUUUGAUGGACUUGACGAGAUGGAGAAGAAAAUUUUUCUGGAUAUUGCUUGUUUUCACAGGCUGUGUAACAACGUGUCUGUGAUUGAACUUGCAUACAGCUCUGAAUUUUGCAUUCGUAUUACAAUAGAUGUUCUUGUUGAGAAAUCUCUCUUAACUAUUUCAUCAGACAAUGAAAUAGGUAUACAUGAUUUGAUACAAGAAAUGGGAUGUGAAAUUGUUCGCAAAGAGUCUUAUGAAGAGCCUGGCAGACGCAGUCGGUUGUGGCUUUGCAACGACAUUUUUCAUGUAUUCACAAAGAAUACGGGAACAGAAGCCAUUGAAGGCAUAUUCUUAUGCUUGGCUGAAUUAGGAGAUGCAGAUUGGACUCUUGAGGCCUUCUCUAAAAUGCGUAAACUGAAGCUGCUCAUCAUUCAUAAUUUAAAGCUUUCUCUUGGCCCCAAAUAUCUUCCUAAUGCCUUGAUAAUUCUGGAUUGGUGUUGGUAUCCUUCAAAAUCUCUCCCACCAGCUUUUCAACCGGAUGACCUUACUGAACUUAGUUUGGUUUUUAGUAACAUUGAUCACCUCUGGAAUGGAAUAAAAUACUUGAGCAAGUUGAAAUCUAUCGAUCUUAGUUACUCCGUAAACUUGACGAGGACCCCAGAUUUCACAGGUACUCCAAAUCUUGAAAAGUUGGUUCUUGUAGGUUGUACAAGUUUAGGUAAGAUCCAUCCAUCCAUUGCAUUGCUCAAGAGACUCAAAAUUUGGAAUUUUAGAGACUGCAAAAGUAUUAAGAGUCUACCGAGUGAAGUGCAUAUGGAGUUUCUGGAAACAUUUGAUGUAUCUGGCUGCUCAAAGCUGAAAAUGAUUCCAGAAUUUGUGGGGCAAACGAAAAGAUUAUCAAAGCUAUCUUUAGGUGGGAGUGCUGUUGAGAAACUGCCUUCAUCAAUUGAGCUAUCGAGUGAGAGUCUGGUGAAGCUUGAUUUGAAUGGAAGUGUUAUAAGAGAGCAGCCAUACUCCCAUUUUCAUAAGCUGCAGAAUCUCAUAGUAUCAUCUUUUGGCUUAUUUCCUAGAAAGCAGAGUCCUCAACCUUUGAUUCCUCUAUUAGCUUCCAUGAAGCAUUUCUCUUGUUUGAGGGAAUUAAAUCUGAACGACUGUAAUCUCUGUGAAGGAGAUAUUCCUGAUGAUAUUGGUUCUCUGUCCUCCUUAAGGAGCUUGGAACUCAGAGGAAACAAUUUUGUUAGCCUUCCUGCAAGCAUUCAUUUGCUUUCUAAGCUUGAUUAUAUUAAUGUAAGGGAUUGCAAAAGGCUUCAACAAUUGCCAGAACUUCCGGUAAAUCAGUCCUUAGCUGUGCGAGCCGACAAUUGUACUUCGUUACAAGUGUUUCCAGAACCAUCAGAUUUAUCAGAUUUGUUCCGAUCUACUUAUGCUAGUUAUUUUUUGUAUUCAGCGCUAAAGCGGUUGCUUGAGGUAACCCCUCAUUUCAACCUUUUCCAGUUGGCAAUUCCUGGAAGUGAAAUUCCUGUGUGGUUCAGUAAUCAAAGUGUGGGAGACUCGGUGACUGAGAAGUUCCCUUUGGAUGCAAGUAAUAGCAAGUUGAUUGGAUUUACUGCAUGUGCUCUGAUUGAAGUUGAAAGUCCGUCUGCACACCGUGGUGUAGAUCCUGGUAUCUGUGAAAUUGUUUGGCGGUGGAUGAAAAACUAUAAUAAAGAGUGGGGUCUUUCUUGCGAUUGGAGACAAAUUGUUUCAGAUCACCUUUUGUUAGUUGUUGUGCCCAUUCGCCCUCUGGAGGACCCAUGCCAUGAAGUUACGUUUGACUUCGAAAUCUAUGGAAAAAACAACGGAUGCGCGAAGGUGACGAAAUGUGGGGCCCGUGCACUGUUUGAGCACGACAUGGAAGAGCUGAUCAGUAAAAUGAACCAAUCCAAGAGAAGCAUUUCUUUUUACGAGGCUACGGAUGAACAAGAAGGUGCCAUUGUUAAGGCAACGACAUGCAGAAGUGGUGGCUCUGACGACGAAUAUUACUCUGCAGAAGAAUGAAGAAUCUAAGAAGACAACUGUCCAGCGUUGUUGAAUCGGAUCUUGGUCCUAAUCAGUGUGGUAAUCAAGGCUUCAUGGAAUGGUUUGAGCAAGUCAGCUAAAGUGUCGUGUG